UUCUCCGAAGGAAAUGGAGGAGGGAGAAGGAGGAAAGGCGCUUACUAAUAUUGAGGAUUUCAUGGAUUUCUACAGGAGGGUCCCGCGUCCAAAUAUGAUUUUCUCCGUCAUUGGGGACUCAGACAAUUUGAUCCCAAAGCCGUGGCCAAAAUCUCGCUUUCAGCAAUCCUUGAUCUAUGCAGCUAAGGCUGCUGGAGAGUGUUGGAUACUAAGCAAAGGAGAGCCCCUGACGGUCUCUAAAAUUAUCCGUGAAAUGAUGGAAGAACACAUCUACCUAGAAAAGGCUGCCAGUAAAUCCCUCCGACUGAUAUCCGUCCCUUCUAAGCCUGUAGAGGACACAGGUCUUUAUUUUGAUUUACCAGAGGUCCUAGAAGACGAUGGGGACCAAGCCAAGAAGAACCAGACCCAUCAGAAUGACAGUAAUUUUGUAAAUCUCUCUGUCCCUUCCGAAGUUGAAGAUUACCUUGAAUUCAGGAUUAAACUCGAGAGAACUUUGGAGAGACCGACAGAUAAAGAAAGAAAUGCCCUAGUUGUAAUUCUAGUGGAAGGAGAUUUGUCGACUGUGGAUCAUGUAAAACUAGCGACUGAGAAUGGCAUACCUGUCAUGUUUGUCAAAGGAACAGGCGGGUUGGCGGAUCUGAUGUCCAUUUCUAUGUAAUUUAUAU